UGGAUCUAUCCUCUGGAAACCUAACAGGAGAUGAAAUUCCUAAUCUCAUACUCCUCCCGUCUUCCCAGCGCCAACCAGCCCUCCAGCCAUCUCUAGUCUGAAACCCUAAUCUCUCUCUCUCUCUCUCUCUCUCUCUCUCUCAACUCUACGCAGCCAUCAGCCAUGGCAUGACUACCACUCUCUCUCUCUCUCUCUCUCUGCGCGCCCGAACAAGAACAGAUCGCGAACUCUGUCUGUCUAUCACCUCUGCGCGUUCGAGGAACAGAUUGAAGAUAGCAAGUUAGAAAUACUCGAAAAGGAGGAUUUGAAGCUGUAAGGGUGCAAGAAAUGGGUUCUUCGUAGAUCAAGGUGGACGUACUGUUCUACAAAUCUUAAAAUGAGUUUGAUCACAAGGGUGAGGCAUCACUUGCCUUAUGGCAUAUGCAGGAAGUCCAUUCUUACUUCCAUGGUUGCGCUUAACCCUUGUAACUUAAAUGUUGCGUCUCGGCACUUUUCUCAACCUAUGAGGAAAGAAGAAGAGGAGGAAGAAGUAGAGAUUGACCAAAGAAGGCUUCCGGCUGACUAUGAUCCUUCAACUUUUGAUCCCACACAGCACCGCAGUCCUCCAACAGAUCGCGUCUUUAGGCUGGUUGAUGAGAUAGCAGGACUUACGCUUGUUGAAGUUGCGGAGCUAUCUUCAAUUUUGAUGAAGAAAAUGGGAAUGAAAGAGCCUCCGGUUGUAGGAGUCAUGAAACCAGGAGCUGCUGGAUUUGCUGGGGUCACUACAAAGGGGCCAGCAGCAGCCAAGGAGGAGAAAAAACCAGAAAAGACUGUUUUCGAAUUGAAGUUGGAGUCUUAUGAUGCAGCUUCAAAGAUUAAGAUUAUCAAGGAGAUAAGGAGUUUUACUGACUUGGGUCUCAAAGAAGCCAAGGAUUUGGUGGAGAAAACACCUGCAGUGUUUAAGAAGGGGGUGUCGAAAGAAGAAGCAGAGCAAAUAAUUGACAAAAUUAAAAACAUUGGAGGAAAAGUUGUUAUGGAAUGAAAAAGCAAAUCAUUGCGGGUAUUUGGUUCCCUCUGAAAUUUUUGAGUCCUGUACGUUCUUGAUUUUGUUCAGGUUGAGGAGGUUUUCUAUCGUUUUGACCUCUUUGCUUCAAACGCUGAAACUUUGAUGGAAGCCAAAUUAAGCAUAUUGUGGAUUUGUAAAAGCUUUGCUUAAUUCUUAUUCUGAAUUGGGUUUUGAUGAUAAUCAAACAUACAAGAGAAGGAAUAA